CGCUCUCUACACGCACACACACACAUACACGCACACACACGCACACAAGCACAGCCUCCUGCGGUAUCCCAUACGGCGCAGCGGGUUUUCCAACGGCAUACCAAGUGCGUCCUCGCCGGGGGAUGGGAAGUGCAGCUCCCGGUUCUCAGAGCGCUCAGAGCGGCAUAGUAGGGUCCUGCUGAUCGGGGAUGCUGCUGGAAGUCUGCUGCGAUUUCUUUUUCCCGUGCAGGAAUCGCCUUCUAACUACACCUCUACCGGGGAUUUAAAGUGGACAAGCCAUUUGAUCAGGAUAUAACGCGAUUCUAAGCAUUUCUCGUUUUUGGGGGGAGUAAAAGGAGUUGGGGAUUGCUCUGGACGUGCCUCUUAUCCGCAGUGUCGAUGCGGCUGUGGCUCUGAAGUGAUAUCUGCAUAGAUUACAGAUACAUGAUGUCCUCCAUUUCAAUAGAGGCUUGAUCGUAAUUGGCCGACAGUACUGGACUGUGCCUCCUUCCCUCUCCUCAACACUCCCAGCAUCGGCACAGCCAUGACGUCCCUCACAAGGACACGGACCUGCUUUUUUUUAUGCUGCUUCCUGUCUAGUCUGGCGCUUCCUGUGUCAUCACAAACAGUGGUGCAAGCCCCACAGGCCCACAGUGCUGGCUCCCAGGUGAUCACGGCGUCCCUACAGGAGGAGGAGUAUGCAUCAUUUCAUGCUGAGAACCCAGAGUGGACAUUCAACCAUCUGGCGGUGGACUACCGCAAUGGCAAUGUUUAUUUGGGAGCCGUCAAUCGCAUAUACAAACUGUCCCCGGGCUUGGAGGUCCAGGUGUCCCAUGAGACUGGCCCGGACGAAGACAACCGCAAGUGCUACCCACCACGUAUCGUUCAGCCAUGCAGUGAGCCACUGACACUCACCAACAAUGUAAACAAGAUGCUUCUAAUGGACUAUCGGGAGAACAGGCUCCUGGCCUGUGGCAGCCUCUACCAGGGCAUCUGCAAACUCCUCCGCCUAGAUGACCUCUUCAAACUAGGAGAGCCCUUCCAUAAGAAGGAGCACUACCUCUCUGGUGUCAAUGAGAGUGGCUCUGUGUUUGGCGUCAUUGUGUCAUAUGGCAAUGCCUCUCCGGACAUGCUGUUUGUAGCCACAGCAGUGGAUGGCAAGCCAGAGUACUUCCCUACCAUCUCUAGCCGCAAGUUGGCCAGAAACUCAGAGGAGGAUGGCAUGUUUGCCUAUGUCUUCCAUGAUGAGUUUGUGGCCUCUAUGAUUAAGAUCCCUUCAGACACCUUCACUGUCAUCCCAGACUUUGACAUAUAUUACAUUUAUGGCUUUGCCAGUGGGAACUUUGUCUAUUUCCUGACUUUGCAACCCGAAAUGGGGGGUGGGCCAACCACUGGAUCCUCCUCUGCUGGCCGGGAACAGGUCUACACCUCAAAGAUAGUCCGCCUUUGCAAGGCAGACACAGCUUUCAACUCCUAUGUGGAGGUGCCUAUUGGAUGCAUUAGUGGCAAUGUGGAGUACCGAUUACUCGAGGCAGCCUACUUGUCCAAAGCAGGUGCUAUCCUGGCACGCUCACUAGAUGUGGCACCAGAUGAUGAUGUUCUGUUUGCAGUCUUCUCAAAAGGGCAAAAGAGGCGUCCACGCCAGGCCUCGCAGGACUCUGCGCUGUGUGUUUUUUCUCUGCGGAAGAUUAACGAGAAAAUCAAGGAGAGGCUGCAGUCAUGCUACAAGGGUGAGGGCACACUGGACCUGGCUUGGCUGAAAGUCAAAGAUAUUCCCUGCAGCAGUGCGCUCUUGACCAUUGAUGAUGACUUUUGUGGCCUCGACAUGAAUGCGCCAUUGGGCGUGUCUGAGAUGGUGCGUGGCAAACCGCUCUUCUCCGAUGCUGUUGACAAAAUGACGUCCGUCAUUGGCUACGUCUACAAGAACCACUCACUGGUCUUCGUGGGCACAAAAAGCGGACGAGUCAAGAAGCUGGGAGUGUCGGCCAUGGUGUUUGUGGACAUCUUUGAUCAUAACUGUGUUUCCCUUGAAAAACAUGUCACAUUCUGUGUGACAGCAAAGCCCUUGGCUAAACAAGAUUUGUACCCUCAGAGUUAA